UAUUCAUACCUAUCAUUGUUGACUUGUAUGAGAUACAGAGGCCUUUAGGCAAGUGAUAGAUGAAUAAAGAUUCAUUUUAAGUCUCUUUUCUACAUACUUUUCAACUUUAAAUAAUUAAGCUCUACAAAAUAAAGCAAUGAUUUGGAGGAUUAACGUAGUGUGUUUAAUGUUGGUGAUGUUUCAAGUUUGUAAAACGAUUGUUCCUGUGCGUUCUAGAUACAGUGACAGAGAGCUGAGGGAAGAUACGAUUUCAAUCUGUUCAGAAUCUACAUGUGGGAAGUAUAUCUAUGGAUAUAUUUCACGACAAUUUCCUGGCUUAUUUUACACUCGGGAACAGAUUGCUAUUAAAAGGUUGCAGUUCAGUGUGGCUAGAGAGAAUUAUCUUAAGAAACAAGACGUUUAUCUAUCGGAAAAGUUGCUUGGAGACGGUGAUUCAUGUUGUCCGACGGAGAUACUAACAUUUUCAAAUGUGACGAUGGAAAAUGUCUUUGGAAUUAAGAAAUUCAUUGUUCACAUGCCGCCAAAGUACCAGUUCAUUCCGCACGGAUUUUGUUUAAAAAGCGGAAAAUGUGGCGGAUCAUGUGUUGUAGAGCCGGUAACCCAAACUCUAUUGACUUAUAACCCAACAACUGCGACUCUUGAGUUCGACCAGUUUGUCGUUCCCGGGUAUUGUUCUUGCAAAGCAUCCUGAUGCCACAGGCUUUAUGGAAAAUAACAAACAUGGAUCACAAGGCAGCUUCUAUGAAAUAUACAGUGUGACAGGAAAUCCUUGUGUACCAAAAAUAUUAUAUAAACAAUGUUUUAUACAUAUGAAAAGCCAACUAGAAUACUUUGCUGGCAUACCCCUUUUUUGCAUGAUGGUGAUCAAUGAUAUGUGUUGGCUUUACUUUUUAGCUCGACUAUUCAUAGAAUAGUAGAGCUAUUGGACUCGCCCAUGCGUCGGCGUCCGCGUCGGCGUCCGCGUCCCGAUUUGGUUAAGUUUUUGUAUGUAAGCUGGUAUCUCAGCAACUACUUGUGGGAAUAGAUUGAAACUUCACACACUCAUUCACUGUGAUAAACUGACUUACAUUGCACAGGUUCCAUAACUCUGUUUUGCUUUUUUACAAAAUUAUGCCCCUUUUUGACUUAAAAAUUUUUGGUUAAGGUUUUGUAUGUAAGCUGGUAUCUCAGUAACCACUUGUGGGAAUGGAUUGAAACUUCACACACUUAUUUACUGUGAUAAACUGACUUACAUUGCACAGGUUCCAUAACUCUAUUUUGCUUUUUUACAAAAUUAUGCCCCUUUUUCGACUUACAAUUUUUUGGUUAAGGUUUUGUAUGUAAGCUGGUAUCUCAGUACUCACUAAUGGGAAUGGAUUGAAACUUCACACACUUGUUCACUGUCAUGCACAAAGCAGGUCCCAUAACUUUAUUUUGCUUUUUUACAAAAUUUUGCCCCUUUUUCAGCAUAGAAAUUUUUGGUUAAGUUUUUGUAUGUAAGCUGGUAUCUCAGUAUCCACUAAUGGGAAAGGAUUGAAACUUCACACACUAGUUCACUGUCAUGAUAUGACAUGCAGUGCAAAGGGUCAAUAACUCAACUUUGCAUUUUACAAAAUUAUGCCCCUUUUUUGAACUUAGGAGUUUUUGGGUUAAAUUCUUAUAUGUAAGCUGGUAUCUCAGUACCCACUAAUGGGAAUGGAUUGAAACUUCAUACACUUGUCCACAGUCAUGAGCUGAUAAGCACUAUGCAGGUUCCAUAACCCUUUUUUACUUUUUUACUAAAUUAUGCCCCUUUUUCGACUUUCUUAUUCACUCAAGCGACAAGGCUGUUAAAUAGUCGAGCGUUGCUGUCCUCCGACAGCUCUUGUUUUAUAUGCAAUACAACAGUGUCAUUUCGAAAAAAAAGUUCCAUUUAAAUAUGACUCAUUUAUAUAUUAACAUUUUGUUAAUAAAUAUAAUCAAUAUUCUCGAAAAAAACCUGGAAGCACAACCUUUCUUUGAUAGUUAUGCAAACCUGACAUACUGGUGUCCCAUACAGAGAGACUUGUUUCUGUGCUAAAAGUUUGGUAUGAAGUAACUGGCGAUUAGAAAGUUGCCCUAAAUGAAAACAGUUAAGCAGAACCAACCGCAGAAACAUGCUUUUGUAAUUAAAAAUAUCCGAAGAUGAUCACAAUAGAUAAAACGGGAUUUUCUCUAUUCUGUGAAAAAGGCAGAUUGAUCUCGUAUUGUAAAAAUUGUUUAAUGUAUAGUAUACUAACUUUGUAACUAAGCGUGGAGAGUGAAGUCGGUUUUGAUAAACAAAGCUAUACAUAAUUAUAUAAAAUUGUUGAAAUGAUUGCAUAUUUACUUCUGUAGAGAAACAGUCUGACAAUUGCUUUCAUAAUAUUCUAAUGCAAAUAUGUAAAUGAUUCUCAUAAUUUAUAAACAUAUGUAUUGUUUUAUCUCUUACAAGAUUCUAGUAUCUCCAGUGGUUAAAAGGAUGGUUAGAAGAUUAUCAUGUCGGUUUAUGUUUAAACUAAAAGAUUGACUAAAGUUUCAAUCACUGGAUUUGUUAGCGACCAUCCAUGGAUAUAGGUGGCUACCGCCUCGUCCCCUAUUUAUCAUACUCGCCCCAUAUACUAACAAACCUAAUACGUAAUAAUAUAACAAUUUUAAUGUGUCGCAGAAUGUGAGACUAAAUUAAACUCAUUUUUACCGUCAUUGUGCAUUCACACUUAAAGAAGUAUUGAACACUUUCAAUAUUUAAAAAUGUAUAAAUACAUACGAAUUAAAUUUGCUUUAUGACACACUGACACAGAAGCAUUUAUAAAGUUUCCCGAUGACCCAUUCUGUGUAGGUUUUUUUUUUUUGGUUCUUGUUGAUACAGUGGCGGUAUAUAACUUGCUAUAUACAAUGAUAAAGUAUUAUACACCAAACUUGAAUUAUGUAACACUAAAACAGCUUAGUAUACAUAUUAAGCUUUUUUUAUAAGCAAGACCCGCUAUAAAUAUAUUGUUACAGCUAGUCUAGUACCAAUUAUCAAAUAGUUUCGGACGUACUGUGUCUUAUGGUACAAAUAUUGAAUCAUACGCAGGACCGCCCCACAACAGUACAUACUAUAUUUACUUAUGUCCCUUUCAUACUCUAUAAAAAUAACUCGUCGACAUGUAGAAAAGAGAGAUCUGUUAAACCACGAUAUCCAGCUGGUAACUGUUCCUAAAAACCGCUAUAUCAUGCAUAUUUUAAAGUUGUAUAUCUUAUAUUACACUUUUAUCAACUUGAUCACACCUGUAUUAACCGGACCAGAAUAUAAUGUUAUUGUAUAACACAGAACGUUUAAUAAAAUGUUCACUUAAGGCAAAUGUUUGUAAAUAAUAGUUCAUAAAUUAUGCCUUAUCAAAAGAGAAACUACCUUAAAUUUUAUAUAAAUGAUUCUUCUCGUAUCAUUUACAAACACUUAACUUUUGGAGCGGUACAAAGACUGAAUAGAAUGCAAACGUCGUACUUCCUCGAUAUAUUUGCACUCCCUGUGUUAACAAAACGUGAUUUACAAACAAGAUAUUUCAUCAUCAGUAUGGAUAAGGACCACCUGGUGAAAUAAUUAAAUUUAUCAAAAUGCAAUCAUAGUAUUUGCCAGUGUCGUUUGAAAACAUGGUUUGUUUUGUGCUAUCAAAUUCAGCUCCUUUUAAGCUGUUGCCUCAUUUUUGUUCCUAAUAUAUGACUUAACAGCAAACUGUUUUCGUAAAACAAGAACGAUCUUCCCCGUAAGAUGUACAUUUUUGGAACUUACUACAGGGAAUUUUAGGGUUCAUAUUUUUUUUUUAAAUUAGAGUUGCAUUGGACAGUGUUGUCGCGGGUUAUACGAAUCUUCGUACCUAUGCUAGGCGUCAUUGAUGUUAUAAUAAAGUACAGAAGUACUUCCGAAACAUUUAUGAUAAUAUACUUAAACUUUUUCCAAUAGGGAUUCUGACACUCUAACUUGAAAUAAGUGAUUGUGUUUUCUCCGUCAGGAGCCAUUUACUUUAAAUUCUGAAGUAUAAAAAGCAUUUUAUCAAUGCUAUGUAAAACGAAUAUGAAUGUUUAAUGAUUUAACUACUAAUCUGCACAUAAAAUGUUCUUCUUACAUUAGUAGGUUUUCUGAAGUUCAUGAUGCCCAAAAAUUCAGCUGACAUUUCUUUUUUUUUUCCGACAAAAAUGACCAUAGAUCUGAAGCGGUAACGAUUGAUAUAAAACUCUUCUGAUAUUGAACUUAACAUUAUCUCAUCAUGUCUGACAAGUCCAGCGUUUCAGUAAUAAAUUCAAUCAAAUUUAAACACUUUCUAUCUAAAACCAAUACAUUCACCCUUGUAAAUAGUUCCAAACUUUCUAUGACGUAAUGACAACACAAUAUAUGAAAUCCAUUUUCUUUUGCAAGGACCCUUGACGACAGGCAAUUUGUCUUAUUCACCGCCUUGUACUUUCGUUGACGGACGAGCCAGUAUUCUUGCAGGAGCAAUACCCUGGGACCUCAAACAAUCCAAAUGUCAAGUUUUGAUUUGCGUCUAAAGCCAGCAAAGUCAGAAUUUUACUCUCAAUAAGACAUUCGCCUGGACAGCUUCCAGUCUGCCUGCAAGACAAGAUUACCAGUGUAGAACAUAAAUCUUUGCAUUAUUAGUCUUGGCAACAAAACAAAGAAAACAAUGCUUCUGAUUACUUCUGGUACAGGAGACUGUACACCAUUCGGAUGUUAUUUUUUCUCUAUAUGUUUAUAUAUAGGCUUGUAUUUAUUUUUUGUGUGUAAGCUCUUUAGAAAACUCUCUUUAAGACCAAGGAUAAAAUAACGUAUUUAAAUAUGUUUCAAGGAAGGUAAAUAUAUACAUGUUUUACAAGAGGAAAAAGAUAAACAUGUGUAACAUUGUUUUUGCUAUUGUUUUUCAAAUUGUAACUGCAUUAUUACUGUAUGUUUGUAAAAUGAUGUUCAAAAUAAAGUGAGAAUCGGUCGCUAAGAGUUGAGCAACGGUUUUUGAUGCCUAUUUAAUGGCUGACAGUAUACGAGUUAUGUCAUACUUACACACAGGAAGCAUGUGGAAUAUACUGGUAGGUGGGUUCGGAAGCAUCGGACAGGUGUAUUAUAUUCAUACUCUCCCCAAAUAUGUUAGUCAUUGUUGUGUUGAUUAUAUGCUGUACAUGCCUAAAAAGUUAAA